AUGGAAUCCCGGGGGUACCGGGAAGGGCAGUGCCGGUGCGCCCGAACCCGGGGGGGCUCCAGGGAGCGCCCCGAACUCUGGGAUUCCUUUGGCUCCCCCAUCCCGGAGCGCCGGGAGACCCUCGGGAAUCCCCAGAAAGCUCCGGGACCCCGCGGGGAACCCCCGGGAUCCCUCGGAAGGCUCCAGAGGACCGGGACCACCGGGACCACCGGGAACACAGGGACCCCCACACAAAGCUGCGGCUCCCCGGGACUCCGGGACCCCCCGGGACUUCCCGGACCCCUCGGGAAUCUCCGGACCCCGGGAUCUCCCAAGAACCCUCCAGAAACCUCUGAACCCCUCGGACCUUCCGGACCCUCCGGGACCCCCCGGGACCCCCCGGGACCCCCGCCCAUGUUCCGGCGGGAUGAGCGCAGCCGCUCCACGGUGGCUCGGGGGUCUGCGCUGGACAUGGAACUGCGCCGGGGUCGCUGCUGCCCUCCGGUCCCGGCCUCGCAGGUACGGGAACACCGGGAACAGCGGGAUCAGCCCGGGCACGGAGCCACGGGGGCGGCCGCGACCGCUCCCUGCCCCCCGGGCCCCCCCCGGCCUGUCCCGCUGCCCCGGCCCAGCCGGGAAUUCCGGUGGGAUCCGGUACAGCGGGAAUCGCCCGCGCCCCCGGCACCCGACGGGGACUGGGAGGGACUGGGAGGGACUGGGAGGGGGCUCCUGGUUCACCUGGCGGUCUUGGGGUACCCAUUCACCCAGUACCGGCUGCAUUUUGGGGGUCCCGGUCCCUGGGGGAGUCUUGGUGCAUUUGGGGGUUCCCAGUUCAGCCAGUACCGGCUGUAUUUUGGGGGUCCCGGUCCCCGGGGGGGUCUUGCCCCAUUUGCUGCCUGGUUUACGACCUGUCCCUCCAUCCCAGGAGGGCAAUUUUGGGCUCAGAUUUGGGCUGUUCCCCCUGUUUUUCCUGGAGGAGGAGCUGGCAGAGCUGAGCUGGCGUGUCCCUGCAGGUCUGUGUACGAUGGUGAGGAGCACGGGCGCUUCAUGGAGAAGCUGGAGGCGCGGAUCCGCAACCACGACCGCGAGAUCGAGAAGAUGUGCAACUUCCACUACCAGGGCUUCGUGGAUUCCAUCACCGAGCUCCUCAAGGUCCGGGGGGAAGCCCAGAAACUCAAGAACCAAGUGACGGACACCAACCGGAAACUGCAGAACGAGGGGAAAGAACUGAUCCUGGCCAUGGAGGAGCUGAGGCAGUGCCGGCUGCAGCAGAGGAACAUCUCGGCCACGGUGGAUAAACUCACGCUGUGUCUCCCCGUGCUGGAGAUGUACAGCAAGCUGCGGGAGCAGAUGAAAUCCAAGAGGCACUACCCAGCCCUGAAAACCCUGGAGCACCUGGAGCACACCUUCCUGCCCCAGGUGAGCCACUACCGCUUCUGCAAGGUGAUGCUGGACAACAUCCCCCGCCUGCGCCAGGAGAUCAAGGAGCUCUCCAUGUCCGACCUCAAGGAUUUCCUGGAGAGCAUCCGCAAGCACUCGGACAAGAUCGGAGAGACCGCCAUGAAACAGGCACAGCAGCAGAGAAACCUGGACAACAUCGUGUCCCAGCAGCCCAGGAUUAGCGGGGGGAAGAAAUCCAAGAAGGAAUUCAGCGCCAGUUCCGAGCUGGAGGUGAAGAACACCAGCCCCAUGUCGGAGCAGGAUUCGGGGAUCCUGGAUGUGGAGGAUGAGGAUGAGGAGGAAGAGUCCUUUGUUCAGGAAAACCUGGAAGCCAGGCUGGGUCUGCACAAUGAACAGUUCCGGGAGCGGCGGGAACGGGAGAAGCUCCCACAAAAAAAUGGGAUUUUGGGGCUGUGUCGUGUGGAAGGGGACGGGAAAGCUCCGAAAUGGCUGUACACAAAAUUUGGGGUGUUCCCAAGGGCGGUGGUGCCCUCGGAGAGGCUUUUCCUUGGAUCCUUUGGAAUCCACGGGCAUCCAUCCAGCUCCUCCUGCAGCUCCUCCUGCAGCUCGGCCAUGGCCUCGUCCCUGCUGGCCAAGGUUCCGUCCAGCCACUCCAGGACCCGCUGGUGCCUGGAGAUCAACCCCAGCUGCCUCAGCCCGGCCUCGGUCAGCCGGCUCACCCUGGCCCUGCCGGGGGCCGGCUCCGUGCUGUCCCUGGUGGUCUGGGUGUCCUGGGUGCUGGGCACGCUGCGGCUGGUGCCCGGAGCCCUGCUCUGGACCGAGGUGGAGGGUGCUGCUGGCGUGGGGGACGCUGGCCGGUGGCCGGUGCCGGGGUCACGGGCGGGCGCCGGCGCCUCCUGGGCCGGCCUGGCGGGGGGCACGGCCACCUGCAGGGGACAGAGGGGCAUUUUCCAGGGAGCCCGGGAGACCUUUGAGAGCUACUACAGGAAGCAGAGGAGAAAACAAGCUCGGCUGGUGCUGCAGCCUCCCUCCAACAUGCACGAAACUUUAGACGGCUACAGGAAGUAUUUCAAUCAAAUUGUAGGGUAGGUGUUCCUUUUAUACACGGCCCUGCUAAAAACGGGUGUCCUGGGGAGUCCAGAAAAACCGGGAGAGGAGGGAAUGUUGCUAUUUUUGGUGGUCCUUGAAGCCAAAACGGGACAGAAAAAGAUACCCCUGGCUGCUGCUGCAGGAAUUUGGGAUCACCCCUUGGCCUGGCACCAGCCUCCAGGGGAAUGUCCUGACCCAGCAGGAAAACUUUCCCCUCACAUUCGUCCCCCCAACUCUUCUUUCCCCAGAAACAUCCUUGACUCAGACAACUACAGCCCCAUCCCGGUGUCAAAUGAAGAAGUUUAUAAGAAAAUUGUUGGACAGUUCCCAUUCCAGGAUGCUGAACUCGAAAAGCAACCCUUCCCAAAGAAGUUCCCCUUCUCGGAGUUCGUGCCCAAGGUCUACAGCCAGAUCAAGGAGUUCAUCUACGCCUGCCUCAAGUUCUCCGAGGACCUGCACCUCAGGUGGGAAGGGCUGGCACUGGGAGAGCUCAGCUGGCUCCAGACAUGGAUUCUGUCCCUUUGGAAGUGGCCCUGGAGCAGUGGGGCCUCUCCUGGAGGGGGCAAUCCCAGGAUGGUUUGGGUUGGAAGGAGCUUUGGGGAUCACCUGGUGCCAGCCCAUCACAGGGACACCUCCCACCAUGCUCCAAGCCUCCUCCAGCCCGGCCUUGGGCACUUCCAGGGAAUUCUGGGCUCCCAGGACAAUCCCAGUUGUGUGAGGAGAGAGGGGCUGCUUCCUCCCAGGUGUUUCUGCAGCAGUAUUUUAAUAAAUAGAUCCCAGCUCGUCCAGAUCAUCAUCAACACCACCCACCUGGAGAAAUCCUGCAAGUUCCUGGAGGAGUUCAUCACCAACAUCACCAACGUCCUCCCCGAAACCGUCCACACCACCAAGCUCUACGGGACCACCACCUUCAAGGACGCCCGGCACGCCGCUGAGGAGGAGAUCUACACCAACCUCAACCAGAAGAUUGACCAGUUCCUGCAGCUGGCAGACUACGACUGGAUGGCCCCGGAGCCGGGCAGCCGGGCCAGCGACUACCUGGUGGAUCUCAUCGGCUUCCUGCGCAGCACCUUCGCCGUGUUCACCCACCUCCCGGGGAAGGUGGCCCAGACCGCCUGCAUGUCGGCCUGCAAACACCUCUCGACGUCGCUGCUGCAGCUGCUGCUGGAGGCCGAGGUCCGGCAGCUGACGCUGGGCGCCCUGCACCAGUUCAACCUGGACGUGGAGGAGUGCGAACAGUUUGCCAGAUCCGGCCCAGUGCCUGGGUUCCAAGGGGACACGCUGCAGUUGGCCUUCAUCGACUUGAGACAACUCCUGGAUCUGUUCAUCCAGUGGGAUUGGUCGACGUAUCUGGCCGACUACGGACAGCCCACGUGCAAGUACCUUCGUGUGAACCCCACCACAGCCCUCAUCCUGCUGGAAAAGAUAUCCCGGGUGAUGCGGGACACCAGCAGGAAAAACAACGUUUUCGCCCAAUUCCGGAAAAACGAGCGGGACAAGCAGAAGUUGAUCGACACCGUGGCCAAGCAGCUGCGCGGCCUCAUCAACAGCCACCACUCCUGAGGGGCUCGGGAUCUCCUUCCCGCCGCCUGGACUUCGGGAAUCUCGCUCGGAGAGAAGAUUUGUAUUUUUUUAUUCGCCUGGAAAGUCUCCGCGGAGCCUCCCCCCAACGGCAAAACGCUCCCGGCGGAACAAUCCUGGGAAAAGAGGUGGUGCCAGGGGUGUCCUGGAUAAACUCCUAUUUUCAGGGGUUUAGGAAGGGGUGGGAAUUCUUGGAGCCUGGGAGAAGUUCACACCCAGACUGGGUUGUGUUUUGGUUUUUGGGGUUUUUUUUUGUUUUUUUGGCAAAGCCAAAGUGAAGGGAUCAUCCUGCCUUGCUUUUGUUAAUUUAUUCCCUUGGGAAACAGAGAAAUCUGGGAAGAGCCGUGGGUUUGGGUUCUCUGGGAAGAGGGCGACCCCGAGUGUGUCCUGUGGUUUGGAUUUAGGUAGGAAAAAGGGAUUUCCCAGGUUUUUCUCUCCUCUCUUCCACCUCCACGGGCUGAUUUCCACGUUAGUCCGCAAAUCCCUGGAAUCCCUUUCCUGUGUGUCCAUAACCAUCCCUGAGCUCCACUCCAGGACCUGCCAGGGGCUGUGGGAUCAUGGAGAAGGGACAGCCGAAGGAUAAUCUGGGAAUUUGUCCUGUGUCACCGCUCCGGGGCUGGGAUGCUGCUGGACACAUCCAUGGAUGGGGAGCCGGAGGGGACGGAUGCUCCACAGGGAUGCUGGGAAGGCACACCAGGAUCUCCCGGGAGUCCAGGAGGCGUUUUUCCCUCUCUUUUCCCAUCUUCCCUCUCCUCCUGAUGGUUCCAUGGGGAAAACUUGGCAGUGGGACAUUCCCCAUGGAGCAGCCCUGCUCCAAAGUGCCUGUGGAUAAAAUUCCCCCUGUCCCAAAGACCCCCAGACAUCCUCUGCUCAAACCAGGCAGCCACCAACGGGAUUUAAUCCCAGAAUCCCGCUUCCCGAGGGGGAUUUUCGCCUUCUCGUCACCCUUCUGCCUUUAAUUCCUCACAUUAUCCAGCUGCAUUCCCAAAGCCUUGAAUGGAAUCCAGAUCCCCCUGGUUGUUGUUGCAGCCCUGGAAGUGCUGCUCCCGUGCCCAUUCCCAACCCUCGGGAUGCGCCAAUCCGGAGGUUCUGCCUUCCCGCCUUGCUCCACAGCAAUAUUUUGGGGCUGGUUUUCAUUUGGAGAGGGUUUGUUUGGCUCAAUCCCAAAAUUAAACGGGAACACGGUCGGGAACGACCCCCUGGAGCUCUGGGGCUGUCCCAGCCGCCUCCACCUAGAGGGACCAAGGGAUUAUUUUCACCAGGAAGAGGGAAAACUUGCAAUUCCUUGGUUUUGGAGAGGGAUCGAGGGUUCCUUGUGAGCUCCUCCUGGAGGGAUUUGGAGAGGGAUGGAGGGAAAAGCAGCAGGUGAAGGAAAGUCGGAGUCAGUGUGGCCAGAACGGGAUCAGCUUUGGAGACACCUCUGGAAACGACGCAGAGGGACAAGGGAUGGGAAUUCUGGGAGUGGGACGGAGCAGGAGCAGAAGCCCUGGGGACACAGGGAAGGGAUUUUGUGCUGCCAUCCUGAAAUUCCGUUUUUCCCACCUAUAUUUCACUCCACGAGGCAUUCCCACAAAAAACCCCCAGCACAGCCAAGGCAAGGCCUCCUUUCAGACACUCCAGGCAGCUCCCACCCUUCCCAAAUCCACGCUGGGCUCCAUUCCCGUCUCCCCGAGCUGUAAUUCCAGGAGCAGCGACCUGGGAUGGGUUUCCUCACUCCUUCAGGCUCUUCUUGGAGAAACCAGCAUUGGGAUCCUCCAAACUGGCUCCCGGUGCUCAGGAUUUGCUGUUGGGAAAGUCAAAUCCGGCCAAGGGAGAAAUUCAGGGAGUUCCUCCUGAUCUCAGGAGGUCAAGAGCCGGAACCGCAAGUCAGAGCCCGGGAUGAAAAAUGGGAUUUUGGGACUCUGGUCCCAAUUAACUUUUUGUUCUGAGAGAUGCGGCUCCAUCCCUUCCAAACAAAAUUAAUCUUUUAAACAGAUUGCCCCCCACCAAAAAAAAAAAAACCCUGGAAGACAUCCCAAAUCCCUUCUCAGUCUCUUCCUAAUGAUGGGUGUCCUCCGACACGGAUGGAAUUGCUUAGGAGGGAAAAGUGGCUGCAGGGAAUUUAAAAGGGGGAGGGGAGGGUGGGAAACAGGGGCAGGACCCGAAUCCAAGAUUUCCAGCUUCCCAAAAUAAAUAAUGCUGCUCUCACACCUCGCUCCACACCCCUUGAACAUUCCUUAGUGGGUUUUAUUUAUUAAGAAAAGAAAAUUAGAUUAUUCCGUAAUUUUUCCCGGCUCCAGCAAAUAUAUUCCAGCACCAGUGGGGAAAAAAGUACAUUAAAACCCAAAUUCGGCUUCCCAAGAAGCUUCUUUCCUUCUUCAGGAGCUGUCAGGCAUUCCAGGAGUUGGGAAAAACCCUAUAAAAGGUGUCCAAAGCGGGAAUUUGCAGCCCAGCCCAUCUGUAGGAUGUUCUCGCUGAGCCAUCAGCACAUGCGAGGUGGGAACGGAGAGGUUUUCCUGGGAAUUUUUGGGUAUUCCUGGGGCUGCAGUCCAAGCCAGAUGCUCCCAGUGGUUUUUGCACUUUGUUCCAGAUCCAGCCCCAGCUCCCGCUCGGAUGGGGACGGGAGGAGUUGGGAAGAUGCUGUUUUGGGGUUGUUUUUCCCCCGGAUUGGCUGCUUGGGGGAAGGUGGAAUUUCGGAUGAGAGCUGUGGGAAGGUCCACAGUGGACCCAAAUUCCUUGGAAAGUUCUGGGAAGCGAGGCUGGGAUGGACCCAGGGCCGCUCCAGGGGCAUCGCUGCUGUCGCUUCCCUCACGCUGAAGUUCUGGCACCAAAUCCCAACCAAAUUCCAAAUCCUGGGCAGAGAUUCCUCAGCCUUGGAUGUCUCCUGGCUCUGCUGGGCUUUUCCCGUUAGUUCUGGGUUGGGUUUGGUGCUUUUGUGGACCUUGGAGGGGUUUGGAGCAUCCAGACUCCAUCCCACGCUCCGGUUGGAUUCGAGUCCCAUCCCUGGGAGCUGCAGGAUUUUUGGGAUCUCUGUCCCAUUUUUCCUACAGCUCCGUGGGGCUGGAGACCCCUCAUUUCCACCCCCCCAGCACCAUUCCAUGUUUAUCCCACUGCUGGCAGCCCCAAGGGAACACAAAUCCCAUAAAUCCCAUCCCAAAUGACUCCAGGAUGAUCCUAGCUCUGCUGCCCACCGGGAACGCCGUGGAUCGGAGGGAAGCGACCCCAAAACACCGGGAUUGGCUGGGAUUCACCCCAAAAAUGCCGGGAUGGAGGCGGGGAGCUCAGGGGAGUUUGCUUCACCCCAAAGCUGCUGCUCCAAUCUCUCAGCCCCAGGGCUGGAUUUGGGAAGCUUUUCCCAGAGCUGGGAUCCAUCCCCACUUGCAGCUUCCCAAAAAUUCCAUGGGCAGCUCUGGAAUCCUGCCCUGUCCCAGCUGAUCCCUGCCUUGGCUCAUCCCUCAGAUUCUGUUUUUUCAGGAAAAGCCCCCCCAGCUCUCCCAUCCCACAUCCCAUCCCUCCCUGUCCACCGGGGUUGCCUUUUCCCGUUGAUUUUGGGGUGGAAGGACCUGAUUUUGGGAACCAAGGUGAUGAAAACAGCUUUUUUUGCACAAGUUGUUGCACAAUAAGGGGAAAAUUUAGCAAAUUAGGUUUAACUUUAAAGGGAAUUUUGUUGUUUUGUUUUUGUUUUUUUUCCUUUAAAACUCGCUAGCAGAGCUACUGAUUCCAAGAGGAAAAAGAGCUGGAAUGGCUGGAGAAAGGACUGCAUGGUUUACAGGUUCAAUUCUGUUAGAAAUUAGCAUGUUGGACAUUUAUCCUGGUGUAAUUACAAUUAAACAAAUACAGCAUUUAACGGUUUCA